CCCAUUCCAUUGGGAUCCAGGAGCUGCCGCUGCCGUGUGGGGACAUCGGGGACAGCGACGCCUGCUCCUGCCUCAGGUUAUGGCUGAGGGGUGCCCCAGCGCUGCCCCCCCUUGUCCCCUCCCCACGGAGGUGACGGCCACCCCCAUGGAUGUCCCUAUGGAUGUCCCUGUGGACGUCCCCAUGGUCCCUAUGGAUGUCCCCAUUGUCACCGUCACCCCCUGGACCAGCGGCAUCACCAUCACUGUCACCGCGGCACCACCGGAUGAGGAUGAUUGGGACAAUGGGGACAUCGGGGACAAUGAGGACGUGGUGACCCCACAGGACAUUGGGGACAAUGGGGACGUGGUGACCCCAAAGGACAUUCGGGACAUUGGGGAUGGGGUGACCCCAAAGGACAUUGGGGACAAUGAGGACGUGGUGACCCCAAAGGACACUGGGGACAAUGGGGACGUGGUAACUCCAAAGGACGUUGGGGACAAUGGAGAUGUGGUGACCCUAAAGGACACUGGGGGCAAUGAGAACGGGGUGACCCCAAAGGACAUUGGGGACAUUGGGGAUGUGGUGACCCCAAAGGGAAUUGGGGACAAUGGGCAUGUGGUGACCCCAAAGGGUACUGGGGACAAUGGGGAUGGGGUGACCCCAAAGGACGUUGGGGACAAUGAGGAUGGGGUGACCCCAAAGGACAUUGGGGACAAUAAGGAUGGGGUGACCCCAAAGGACAUUGGGAACAUUGGGGAUGGGGUGACCCCAGAGGGUAUUGGGGACAGUGGAGAUGUGGUGACCCCAGAGAACAUUGGGGACAAUGGGGAUGUGGUGACCCCAAAGGACGUUGGGGACAAUGGGGAUGUGGUGACCCCAAAGGACGUUGGGGACAAUGGGGAUGUGGUGACCCCAAAAGACACUGGGGACAAUGGGGAUGUGGUGACCCCAAAGGACAUUGGGGACAAUGAGGAUGUGGUGCCCCCAAAGGACGUUGGGGACAAUGAGGAUGUGGUGCCCCCAAAGGACGUUGGGGACAAUGAGGAUGUAGUGACCCCAAAGGACACUGGGGACAGGGAUGGACAUUGA